ACAACAGUCCCACUUGCGUGUGUUAUCUGCUUUCUUAGACCGGUUCCUGGUGCUAUCGGAUACAGUAGUCAUGGCAGAGAUCGGGGGUGGCAGUUUAGUACAUCGGCUCCGAACGAAGUUAGAGUCAAGCAGCUUUCAGUCCGAUCAGUACGUGAAGCAGCUCUCCCAGCAGUCAGACGGGGACAGAGACCUGCAAGAGCACCGACAACGGAUCCAAAGCCUAGCGGACGAGACCGCCCAAAACCUAAAGCGCAAUGUUUACCAGAACUAUCGGCAGUUCAUCGAGACCGCCAGAGAGAUCAGUUACCUGGAGGGCGAGAUGUACCAACUCAGCCACAUCCUCACCGAGCAGAAGAGCAUCAUGGAGAGUGUCACCCAGGCCUUGUUGCAGACCGACCGCUCCGAGGCCGCCCGGGAACUACAGGCCGCCUUCCCUAAGGAAGCCGAUGAGGGAAAAGUCAGGAACCUGACCACACUGCUGGAGAAAGUGGAGGGGUGCAAGAAUCUCUUGGAGACACCCGGGAGGUACUUGGUGUAUAACGGUGACCUGACAGAGUUUGAUGUGGAUAACAUGGUUCUCAUCCAGAAAGUCCAUGCCUUUCUGAUGAAUGAUUGCUUGCUCAUUGCCACAGCUUUACCGAACCGCAGAGGAAUGUACAAGUACAACGCGCUUCAUAACUUGGAUGACCUCGCUAUAGUAAACGUCAAGGAAAAUCCGCCCAUGAAGGAUAUGUUCAAGAUUCUCAUGUUCCCAGAGAGUCGUAUUUUCCAGGCAGAGAAUGCAAAGAUAAAAAAAGAGUGGCUGGAGGUAUUGGAAGAAACCAAAAAGAACAAAGUGUUAAAUGAGAAGCGUAAAAAAGAAGAGGAAGCUCCGCGUUCGCCUGUCGUGUCAGAUGUGUCAUCAAACCCAUUUGUUGAAGAGGAGACCUCUGAUGAAGAGCUGGUGGAUCUGACUCUUGAAUGGAUCCAGGAGCUUCCUGAAGACUUGGAUGUUUGCAUCGCUCAGCGGAAUUUCGAGGGAGCAGUUGAUUUGCUGAAUAAACUAAAUAGCUAUUUAGAAGAUAAACCCUUGACCCAUGCUGUAAAGGAUUUGAAAGCUAAGGUGGAUGGCAGGAUACGACAGCUAACUGAUGUUCUCGUGUUUGAACUAUCCCCAGACAGGUCUUUGAGAGGAGGUCCAAAGGCAACCCGCAGAGCAGUUUCUCAACUUAUUCGCCUGGGCCAGUCCACUAAGGCUUGCGAGCUGUUCUUGAAGAACCGCGCAGCCGCCGUGCACACUGCGAUACGCCAGCUAAGAAUUGAGGGAGCAACCUUACUUUAUAUUCACAAACUCUGCAAUGUAUUCUUCACCAGUUUGCUAGAGACAGCAAAGGAAUUUGAGAUGGAUUUUGCUGGCAACAACGGAUGCUAUUCUGCGUUCAUCGUUUGGUCUCGCUCUGCUCUGAAGAUGUUUGUGGAUGCGUUUAGUAAACAGGUGUUUGAUAGUAAGGAAAGUCUCUCCACUGCCGCAGAGUGUGUGAAGGUUGCGAAAGAGCAUUGCAAGCAACUGAGUGAAAUAGGCUUAGACCUCACCUUCAUACUCCAUGCCUUGUUGGUGAAAGAUAUAAAAACAGCUUUGCAGAGCUGCAAAGACAUCAUUAUUGAGGCUACAAAACAUCGUAACUCAGAGGAAAUGUGGAGAAAAAUGAAUCUGAUGACGCCCGAGGCUCUUGGGAAGCUGAAGGAAGAGAUGAGGAGCUGCGGAGUGAUUAGUUUCGACCAGUAUACCGGUGAUGACUGUUGGGUUAACCUUAGUUAUACCAUCGUGGCCUUUACAAAACAGACUAUGGCCUUUUUGGAUGAAGCACUGAAGUUGUACUUUCCGGAGCUGCACAUGGUCCUGCUUGAAAGUUUGAUGGAAAUAAUCCUUGUUGCUGUUCAGCAUGUGGACUAUAGUUUGAGAUGCGAGCAGGAACCUGAAAAGAAAGCGUUUAUUAGACAGAACGCAUCGUUUUUGUAUGAUACUGUCCUGCUGGUUGUGGAAAAACGAUUCGAAGAGGGAGUCGGGAAGCCGGCCAAGCAGUUGCAGGAUCUGAGAAGUGCAUCUCGAUUAGUUCGAGUUAACCCGGAGAGUACAACAUCUGUCGUGUGAUUUGCACAAUACCGUUUUAAUUGUUAGCGUUGCUUGUAUCCUGCUUUGUGGUCAUUUUGCCGAUAGGCUUUGGUUAAGUUCUGUAUGACGUAAGAAAUGUUAUAUCGACAGCUUCUCUCUUCGAAAUGCAUGUGGAUUAUUUUGCUGUUAUGUGUUACUCGUAUACUUUUGUAUGUUUAACAAAUGCUAUGAUAUUUUGUAAAGGGUUGUCAUUACUGGAAAAAAAUUGGUAAUUCUAUUGUCUGUUCUCUUUGCUUGAAGCUUUUCAUCGAUCUUUCACUGGCUAAAUGCUUGAAUGACUCUCAUGACGAUCGGUAGCCUACAGAGCAGUGCCAUUAACUACGUCACUUAAC